UUUGUGUCAAAUAUUGUUUUCAUUUGUGUUGAUAUUGUGUGGAUCAGUGAUCGUAUCGAUUGAUUGGACACUGAAUUGAGUGCCGAAGACAUGGUUUGGCCGGAACUGCCCGACAAAUACACUUACAAACCCUUGUGGUGUCCCCCGUAUCCCAUCCCAGAGGGCAUAUUCCCCAACCUCUGGUCCUUCUACACCAAAAAGGAGAUCCAAAAUGAGUUACAAAACGUACCGCCGAAGACGAGGUACUACUUCUUUGAUACCCCGGACUACGAGGACUGCCAUAAGAAGGUCUACUCAUAUGCCGUCUAUGGCGCCAAAGCAGCGUCUUGUAUCGCAAUGAUUGACGUGUUGGCCAACAAACAGUUGUCUUACAUGACAGCUGUCGGACGAAUGGCCUCUCAUUUCGGACGAAUAGGUGGAUCGUUUGUCUUAUACGCUGCCAUCACCUGCUGUGUGGCAAACCUAAGGGGCAAACGACACGACUCUUGGGAACACCCGUUCAAUCACAUGAUUGGCGGCGCAUCCGUUGGACUCAUUUGGGGCUAUAAGUUCCGCAGCACAGGUGUCGGUGCGGCAGUAGCUGCUGCGGGCGCUCUCGCGGGUGUGCUUAACCUUCGGGCCAACACUUCCACGAAGAACUUCCCCAACGGCUGGCAGAUUCUGUUCCCCAAAGACAUUGAAGACCUUCGGAUUGAAAACGGGACACUUGGAGGUCGUAAUUACGGUGACCUUAGGAUGAGUUGGAAGAUCGCAGAUCCGGGCCGUAAGGGUCUCGAGUGAGCCGACACUUGGACUCCGGCUUUAGUGCCAC